UAUCGUUUACCGUUGCUGCUUUCUCAGGGAAACGGGAAACUACUGCUGAUGUUUUGAUAGUUCUACACGGUCUGAACUAUUUGGAUGUUACCAUUUUACGUACGAAUAUAGACAUAAAUCUAGAUAUGGAUGUUUGUUCGCUGUAAGGCGGAGAUUUAGUUGGAUUGAUCUGUUGCUUGUGAUAGUCAGGGUGAGCAGUACUCUGGUUUAGUGGUGCAAGCUGUUCUUAUCGUACACUAUAGCAGAUGAACUGAUUAUGUAAUUCCAGCAUAUUGUUUGCACUAUAGUCAGAAUAAUAACAAGUUCAAUAGUAAAUAUACACAAAUCAUGGUUUUUAACAGUCUUGAUGAAUUAAUUUGGUCAGUUGUUGUAGAGUACUGUAGCACCUCUGAUAUGGAUGAAACAGACAACGAUGUAUAUGUUGACCAGCUGCGGGAGGUCUUCGACAGCUGCGAUGUCAACAAGAAUGGCACCUUGAACCGCAGAGAGCUGACAGAGCUGUGUAAGAAGUUGCAACUGGAGGAUCAAGUGGACAAUCUGUUAGGAGAACUUCUGGGAGAUGCCCAAGAUGGACAGGUGGACUUUGAGACAUUCAAAGAAGGCUUUGUUAUAGUUUUGUCGGCUGAUAUGGACAGCAUUGGAAAUAUUACAGACACGGAGGAAGAUCAUAGCGUUGCAGAUAUUCUCGAUAAUCAAGGUGUACGCCCAGUUUCUCCAAAGUAUGUCAAAGGACAGAAGAGGUACGGUCGGCGCUCUAGACCAGACUUUGACCUUGACUACAGCGCCGAUUUCUCAGAAAUUGAUACCGAGCCAAUAUCACACCGGGGCUCAAAACGGGAGAGCAAAAUGAGAAGCAAACGGGAUUCGGUGGAAGAAAAAAUUAUUAGCGAGAAAAGUUCAAAACGUGAAAGAUUCAAGGAAGCCAGGACAUUAUCUUUUGCUGAUAGUGUUAGUGAGAUGGAUGAAGACAAUGGAGUUUUUAUGCAAGAUGAUCCUGUUGAUAAGCUGGACAAUGUGCCGGAAAUCAACAUUGAGUCAGGAAGUAAAACAUCAGCAUCACCAAAGAACGAAACAUUUGAAGCAGAAGGUCAAUUGAAUGCAUCAAUGGGUCAGUUCGAAAUUCCUAGUCCAACAGAUGAGGAUCAGGUGCGGGCUAUCUGGGAGGAGGUUGGCGUCGGCACUGAUGGAUUCCUUAAUCUACAGGAACUUGCAUUAGUUUGUGAACAUAUUGGAAUGGAAGACAUGGAUCAAGAGGAAUUACAAAAUCUUUACUGUAAACUUGAUCAGGAUGAUGACGGUAAGGUCGGCUUCCACGAGUUCCUUGAGGGCUUGUUCCGGCACGACAGCACCCGAGCCCCUACCACACCCCUUCCAACCACCCUUACAGCCACACAGAAGGUGAAGCUUCGCAUGGCUAUCACAGGCAACUCAAUGGAAGAGUCAAUGCAUCGUACAACAACUCCGUCCCUGCUUACAUUUCAAGGAAGCAAAUUACUCAGCGUACUGGAUGCCGACAAUAGUGGGUAUGUCACACAGGAUAGUCUUACAGAACAUUGGGAACAGCAAGGAAUUGAGAACACUUCAGAAGUUCUCAAGGCCCUGGAAGUUGAUACAGAAGCUGGCAAGAUCAACAUCUCUGAUCUGUCGAUGGCACUGGAACAUGUUCUUCUGACAACUGGUGACAGUAAUGGCAUUUAUCAAGCAGCUCUAACAAGCUACCAGUCAGAGCUUAAGCACCUUAAAAAUCAAUUAGAUGCUUCCAUAGAUGAGAACAACAAACUGAAGAUGGAUGUUGCAGAGCUAAAUCAACGUGGGACGAAACUUGCUGCGGAGGUUGAUGAUAGACACGCUCAUCUCGAGAAAAGCAACGAGGUCAAGUUAAGAGAAACUGAAAAGAGAUACCAGGAUAAGAUAACAACGUUACAGACUGAGAUUGAUAAAGAAAGGCAAAUGAUGACAAGCCAGGCUGCCAGGCAAAAGCAGAAACUCGAAGAAGAAAUAGACAGGCUGAAGGCAGAGGACAGUUUACUCAGGGAAAAGGUCACUCUAAUACAAAAGGAAAACCUCAGAAUGGAGAAAGAUAUUGGAGAGUUUUCUGAGAGACUGGUUGUACUAAAGAAAGUAAAUCAGAAGCUGCAAAAGGAAGUGGACGGGUUUCAAGAACUGGAAGCAAGGCUUGCUGAAUGGGAGUCAAGUCGAGCUAAUAUGUCUAAAGAACAACAAGAUUAUUAUGAUCAACAGAUACGAGAAUAUAAGCAACAAAAUAGGGAGAUGCAGGAUCGUCUGGAUGAGGUCCAUCAGGAAUUAGCCAUCACCAAGCAACAGUCCAUUGAAAAGAAGGUCCGCCGUAAAGGAAGCCGCCUGAGGGACGUUAACAAACCAAACAGGAUCGGUUCGGUCCUGUCUGAUUACACAAAACCAGUUGUGGUUAGAAGGAGGCAAUCAUCUUCAGAAAAUGAAUCUGAUCUAGAGGACACUUCAAGUGGCACCAGGAGGCAGCUGCCGGUUGCUUUGAGAUCAACUGGUGAUGGCGGCUCUACAGAGGGAGAAGACCCCAAGAUGGAUCUGGAACGAGCAAAAUUUGAAGCUGAAAUUGAUGAACUGAAGGAGAAACACAGCAGGGAAAUCCAUGAAAUCCGCAGCAACAGUGAACGUGAAAGACGGGACAUUGAAACACAAUUUAAAAUCGAAAUCACAGAACUGGAAGACAACUUUGAGAAAGAACGCGAAGAAAUCAUGAACGACUUUGAUAAGGAGAAGGAAAUUCUUCAUGGAGAUCUCAUAAAAGAAAUGGAAGAUAAGUUACGGAAACUAAGGAUUGAUUUGAAAGAGAAAUUUGAUAAAGAAAAAGAAGUAAUCGAGGAGAAACAUGAUAAAGAAUUAAGUAAUCGGGUGAAGGAAGUAAAAGAGGACUUAAGAAAAGAAAAGAUUGAGCUGGAGAAUCUUUUGAAAUUAGAGAAAUCCGAAAUCGGCGAAGACUUGUUAAAAGAACGUAACACAAGUGAAGAAAAGUUGAUGAAAUUGCGUCAAGAGCUUGAAAGGAAGUACAGUGAGGAUCUUGAGAAGUUGAAGGAACAGUUUGUGAAGGAAAAAUCUGAGAUCCUUAAGGAUUAUGAGCGCAGGAUUGCUCAGUUAGAAAUUGAGUUGAAGAAAUCUGAGGAGAGAUAUGUGAUUGAGAAGGAGCAGCUUAUUUCAAAUAUGCAGAGAGAUCAAGAGGAGUAUAAAGAAUUAGCAGAGUUUGAUAAAGCUGAACUUUCUAAUAGUUUCUUUGAGGAGAAGGAAGAACUUAUUGAGAAGCACCAACGAGAGAAGGAGAGUUUGGAGAGAGAAUGGUUAGAACGAGUACAGAAACAGUCAGCAGAUCUAGAGGAAAAAUAUGCAAGAGAUCUGCAUAUGAAAGGGGAAGACAUUAAACAUGAAACAAUGGAAAGGGUGCAUCAUGAGUUGAAGGAUGAAAUUCAGAGGGAGUAUGCAGACAAAAUGAGGCAAGUAAAGGAAGCAUUUGACAUCGAGAAGACCAGCCUAGAAAUGCAGAAUGAGGUUCUCAGUGACAAGCUUCGUCAGGCUAAUGUUGCAAAGGAAGAGGCUGUAGUCGCCAUGAACCUAAAAACGCAGCAGUCAGCGCAGUCGUUUGACCAGACUAAAGCUAAAUCUUUGGAGGAAGAACUUGAGAAAUUAAAAGAAGAGUUGAAACAGUCUAAUAAAAAGCUAACUGAAAGUCAGAUAACCGUAACAGUAUUAGAGUCGCAGCACAUGCGAGAAUUGCAGCGUUUACGAAACAAACAGGACCUUGCCGCCCAAGGCGAGGUAGGCCAGCUUCGGACAAAGCUAAUUGAGAAAGAGGUCCAGCUGAAGGAGGCCGAGAAAAGAAUAUUAGAGAACAGUGUAGAGAAGGAAAAAAUAGAAGAGAAAGUGAAAGAAGAAUGCGAGAAAGAUUUAAGAAAAGUGAAACAGAGUAAACAUGACUUGGAAAAGAAAUACAAGAAGAAAAGUAAAUUGCUUGAUGAAUAUGUCAGACAGCUUAAAGAAAUGUUGACCAAAUCAACAAAGAAUAACACAUUGGUCAAAGAUCUUUACAUGGAGAACACUAAACUGCAGCAGGCACUCUACACGACAGAAGAGCGGCAAAAGACGGCAGAGAAGAACAGUUACGAACUGAUGGAGAAGAACAAGGCAUAUUAUAGAAUACUGAAGAAAGUAUGUCCUGCUGCUCUUUGAGGACUGACAUUGUUUUGAAUGACUCCAGAAUAUGGCAGCUCUCUGAGAGAUGCCAUUGGGUCUGAAGAAUGUGUAUGGCAAUUGUCUGAAGACACUUGUUCUUUGAUAUUGAUAAUGGCAGUGCUCUUGAAGCUGCCAUCAUUUUGAAGAGCUGCUUGGAGCGGCAGCUCUUUGAGAGCUUUUCACCCGCAAUGUUUCAAUGAGCUUCCUAUCGUCUGGUCUCUGAAAAAAAGUAAAGGUCAUACACACAAUUCGCGACCACUUUCACUUCCUGGGUAUUUUAUGAACUUUCGACCAACCACAGAGGGAAUUGUGUAUGACAUUGCUGAAGUUGUGAUGUCCCGAUAGUACAGUGCUUAUUUCUUUGGAGUCAUUAAAUCUUCCAUAUGAUGUAAUUUAUUCUAUUAUAUACAAAAUUUAAUUAAAAUCAUAAUCAUGAUGUUUUGGUUAAAUUCUUAAUUCCCAAUAUCAAUUUCCAAUAAUGAAGUGUUUUGUGCAUUAGUUUAAAUAAUUGCCAUUUAAUUUGGUGAUUAUGUACAUAAAUGCAUUUUUUACUCUUUAUCAUGAAUGUUCAUAAAUAAUUAUCUGAAUAUAUGAAUAUUGAUAGCCAAAAGGUGCUAUUGGAUAGAUAACUAGCAAUAACUCAUGAAUAAUGCAUAGACAAUCAAGUAUGUAUACUGUAUAUGAAGGUGAAAUUCUAUUAUCUAAUUAAAUUCCUUCAAAAAUUAAGUAGACUAAAAUUUUCUAUGCAUACAUUUUUUCAAACAUUAACUUUUACAAGAACAUUAAAAGGUAAAGGGAAAAUAGAAGUAAAAUGAACUGAAAGUUUUUAUAAUCAUGAUUGAAGAAUAAAUGCUUUUGAAAUAUAAAUUAAUGAUUACAAAAUAAUUAUGUAUUGAUAAAUAUAUAAUUAGUUUAAAAAAAUAGUUUUACACCGUCCAAUGAAUUCAAUACUGGAUUUUUUUUACAUUUUAAUAAAUGUUUGUAUUUUUUUGUCUUAUGUUUUAUUACAAGGAACCAUUCAGUAUUUGUAAUGCUGUAUCCCAUUCCUACUUGACAGGAAUUUAUUAUGUUCAGAUCCUGUAAAUUUGGAAUUAUGGGAUAUAUCCAUAUAUAAUAUGGCAGCUAUUAUUGAUAUCCCAUAAUUCCUACUCAACAGAACAGUUUCUAUGAGUUGAUCAGUGCUGUUACAGAUUCGCUGUUACUACUGUAUGUUAAUUUAUCUGUUAUGUACACCAAGAUGUUUUUCACUAUAUUUUAUGGAUGCAUUUCACGGUUUUGUUUAAAUACCAUUCUAUUGUUUGUGUUGUACUAGGCUAUGCCAUAUUGAUUUGAGCUGUAUUUAUUCAUACUGGUAUAAACACUCGGUAACUUGCCCCAUUUUUCCAAAGAAACCCUGGCACUUA